AUGCCUCCAUCAGCAACAGCCCAGGCGGUGGCACCCUUUGUACGUAGUGCACACUCCUGGACCUCUCCACGCUGCUCGUGACUGACCCCGGACCCCUGUCCGCUGUGGUGCUCGUCGUGCAGUCCCAAGCGCAUCGUCGUUAUGUCGCAGUGAGUGACCCAUUCUACGUCCCCUGUGUGAGAAUGGCUCCUGAAACGACCUUUGCUUCAUCCCGAAUGUAGCACCUCUACCGACGAGCGUUGAAGGGAGCGCUGGACUGGUACGCCCCCCCCCAAACGCUUCACUCAGCUCAGGCUUCCCUCCCCCCCCCCCCCCCCCACCCUCUCGCUCCACCCCCCGAGUGCUCACGAACCAAUCCACCCUCCCACCCUCCCUCUAGGUACGUGCGCCGCGACCUGUGGCGAGAGAGGGCGAUCGAGAUCCGCGUGCAGUUCGAACGCAACCGCAACGUGCGUGACCCGCGUGCGGUCGCCGCGUUGUUGCACGAGGCGGAGAAGGCGGUGCAGGAUAUGAGUCAUCCGGAUCCUUAUCGGGGUCAGUCUUUAUGGGCUGUGUACGAAAGAGGGGUAGGUUGGGUUGGGGUGGGGAACGGAAGCUGAUGCGCGGCGGCCCCCUGCCAACAGCGUCGAUGUUCCCUGAUGGUACAAAAUGGUCAGUUGCGGACUGGGGGGCGAUUGCGGACUUGCGAGGUACAACAACCAGCUGACCUCACUCCAACCUCCAACCCUUUUCAAGGGAGCGCAACCUGCCCGUGAGUUUGUGCAUGCGAAGAAGAUCGAUCGAUUUCGCGGCCCCCCCCCCCCCGGCCGAACUCGCAUCACUGACCCGCUUCAUCCCUCCGCAGCCCCCAAUGUUCACACAAGAGCAAAAAGCACAGGCACUCAAGGCGUUCAGGGAUGGGCAUUAG